AGGCGACGGUCAUAACGUUAGGAAGCUACUAUUGUAAUAAACUAUCCUAACUUCCUACGGACAGCGCGAUACGUGAACGGUUUAACUUGAGUCAAACUGCAGUCGUAAGUUAUGCAGCUUCGUCACUUGUGCACUCUGUUACCCGCUAAUGGGGGCACCACCUCGGGGAGGGUUCACGAUGGCAAGAUUACAGCUAUUUGCUAUUCGCCGAAUAACCGCAAGCUGGCAGUGUGUGGCAUGGACCGAGUCGUGCGACUUUUUGACGACCAAGGGGAUCCCGUUGACAAAUUUUCCACGAAGCCGGCAGAUAAGGGUCCCAAAACAUAUGUUGUGAGGGCCAUGCACUUCUCUCCAGACUCUUCCAAGCUAGCCAUUGCCCAGAGCGAUAACAUCGUUUUUGUGUACAAACUUGGAUUAGAAUGGGGGGAUAAAAAAUCUAUCUGUAACAAGUUUUUGCAAGCUUCUCCAAUUACUGGAUUAACAUGGCCUUCAAGCAGGCCAAAUGAGCUCGUGUACGGACUUGCAGAAGGCAAGGUCAAAGUUGGCCAGCUUCGUACCAAUAAACCGGCAACUUUGUACACUACAGAUUCAUAUGUGUGCGCGGUGGCAAGUUCGGCUGAUGGGCACGGAGUUUGUUCGUCACAUAUUGAUGGCUCAAUCCACAGAUUCUUCUUUCACCAGGCCUGUAUACGCUGGCCGACCGAUUUAUUUCACAAAAAUCUCGCCAGGUGUGUACCGUACGCACUUGCCUGGGGGCACUCGAUCGUUGUUGGUGGGAACGAUGGCACAGUGGUGUUUUACGAUGAUCAGGGGGGGAUCGAAAAAAGGUUUGAUUACUCAGACUCGCCCCAUAGCGGUGAUGCCGAGCCCAACUCGAAGGGUGGCUGUUUCUGUGGUGAGUUUACAAUUGCCGCAUUUAAUCCCACUGGCGAGACCGUGGUGCUUGGUAAUUGGAAUUCAUUUUACACCUAUACAUACAAGCAACGACAAGAUUUGUGGGAGGAGAUAGGACCCAAGAUGAUCGAGAAUCUCUACGCGGUAACAUCAGUAGCUUGGAAAAACGAUGGCACUCGACUAGCCGUUGGAUCUCUGUUUGGCUCUCUUGAUCUUUAUGACGCUUGUGUGCGGCGAUAUCGGUACAAGGGUAAGUUUGAGUUCACAUAUUCCUCGCUUUCUCAAGUGAUUGUCAAGCGCCUUGAAACGGGCACUCGCAUUGUGCUCAAAUCUCUAUAUGGAUGUGAGAUAACUAAGAUCAAUAUCUUUCAAGACCGCUACGUGGUUGCAAACACGACGGAUCACGGCACGUCAACUGAGACUUUGCUACUCGGUGAUCUAGCCACCUACAAACUCUCCGAAAUAUCUUGGUCAAAUGGAGGAAACGAAAAAUUUGUGUUUGAUAAUCCAGUCUGCUGUAUUGUGUAUCAUGCUGGGGAAUUGGCGCUCGUUGAGUAUGGUUGCAAUGAAACACUUGGAACUGUUCGCACCGAUCACAUCUCUGGUCACCUGCUUUCAGUGCGAAUAAAUGAGCGUCCCAGCCCAACGGAUGGUAGUCCACCUUUAGAUGACGAGCGUGAAAGAUCAAGCGGGCUGGAUAAUAAGAAAAUUGCAUACUUGCUGGAUGCACAGACUAUCAAUAUCAAAGAUCUCGUCACUGGGAGUUCAACGACAGUGUCCCAAGACUCCAAAAUUGACUGGCUUGAGUUGAAUGGGCGGGCUUCCUUGCUCCUUUUCAGAGACCGGCGUCGUCAGCUACACUUGUAUGAUAUUGAAACACAAACACGGACCACGCUCUUAAACUACUGCACCUAUGUCCAGUGGGUCCCCGACUCUGACGUGGUUGUUGCGCAAAACCGCAACAACUUGUGUGUAUGGUAUAAUAUUCAUACUCCUGACCAAGUUACUGUUCACCAGAUCAAGGGCGAUGUUGAAGACAUAGAGCGUAUCAACGGUCGCACAGAGGUGAUAGUUGACGAACAACUUUCAACGGCAUCCUACUUGCUCGACGAGGCUCUCAUCCAAUUUGGCACCGCUAUUGAUGAUCGUGCCUAUGAGCGUGCAGCAGACAUUCUUGAGUUAUUGGAGCUCUCACCGGAGGCCGAAGGCAUGUGGAAAAAACUCGAGGAAAUGGCACUUUUGGGUGGCAAUUUACUCAUUGCGGAGCGUUGUGCAGCCGCCCUGGGCAAUGUUGGUCGAGCUCGAUACUUGCACAAACUCAAUAAACUUAUCGCCGAAAGUGGUAUGGGGCCGGACUACUUUCUUGCGCGGGCAAGGCACGCGUUGCUUCGAAAAGAUGCAAAGGAAGCGGAGACUAUUCUAUUAGUGCAAGGAAAAACUAACGAAGCUAUCCAAAUGCACCAGCAGCUGCAUAAGUUUGACCGCGCUGUGGCAAUUGCAGAAGAAAGAUCGCACCCAGAUGCGGCUUCAAUGCGGCAGGAUCAUUUCCAAUACCUUCUAGAUUCAAAUCAGGCGGCAAAGGCUGCGCAACUAAAGGAAAUGGAAGGCGAUUUCCUCCAGGCUAUCGAAUUGUACCUAAGAGGCGGAAUGCCCGGGCGUGCUGCACGGCUCAUCAAGCAGCAUGGAAUCAACAAUCCACCAUCCAUCUUGGAACGUGUUUCAGCAUCGCUCACGGCUGGUGGGCUGCAUGAACAGGCGGGCGAGUUUUAUGAACGUAUGGACCAGCUACAGCGUGCCAUGGACGCAUACUUGAAGGGUGCCUCAUUUCGCAAAGCUGUGGAGCUUGCGCGGAAACAUUUCCCGGGGCGAGUUGUUGAGCUACAAGAAUUAUGGGGCGAUUAUCUUUUUGAGCAUAAUCAAGUUGAGAUGGCUAUCAAUCAUUACAUCGAAGCAUCCAUGUCCUCUAAAGCAAUCGAUGCUGCACUUAGUGCCCGACAAUGGACGAAAGCAGCGCAGAUGUUAGAGAACGUCGACUUGGAUAUAGCUCAGCCCUAUCUUCGCCGCCUAGCUCGCCACUACGAAGAUUCUAAUGACACGAGCGAAGCCGAGCGAUUUUACGUGGCAGCUGGUGCACCAGAUAAGGCCGUUGAAAUGUACACUCGAGCAAAUUUGUGGGAUCGGGCCCACAAAAUAGCUUCGUCCUACAUGGAACCUCGGGAGGUCAGUUUGUUGUACAUAUCGCAUGCGCAAAAGCUUGAGGCGGAAGGCAAGCUAAAAGAUGCAGAGAAACUCUAUCUGACAGUCGACGAGCCAGAUUUGGCCAUAAAUAUGUACAAGAAGCAACGAAAAUACGAUGCGAUGGUGCAACUUGUUGAAAAGCAUCGAAGAGAGCUCCUGAAAGAGACCCAUCAGUAUCUUGCGCAGCAUUUAGAGUCAGAGGGAAGUUUACGCGACGCUGAGCACCACUACUGUGAAGCUGGUGAGUGGCUUUCUGCAGUGAACAUGUAUCGCACGAAUGACAUGUGGGAAGAGGCCAUGCGUGUUGCCAAGCUUCAUGGUGGCCCGAAUGCAUCAAAGCGCGUCGCAUAUGCAUGGGCACUUUCGCUCGGUGGUGAUGCGGGGGCUAAACUGCUAACAAAGCAGGGGCUGAUUGAGCCGGCCAUUGACUAUGCAAUAGAGUCGGGAGCAUUUGAUCAUGCAUUUGAGCUAGCUCGCUCCGCAUGUCCUGGGAAAUUGCCUGAUGUCCAUUUGAAACAUGCACUUUACCUCGAGGAUGAAGAGCGCUACAAGGAAGCAGAAUCUGAGUUCAUCCAAGCAAACAAACCGCGUGAAGCAAUAGAUAUGUACAUACAUCAACAAGCAUGGGCUGAAGCACUUGCGGUCGCUAACAAGUAUGAUCCAUCAGCCUCGCCAGAUGUCUAUGUGUCUCACGCGCGCGCUGAAGCUGACGCGGGCCAACACCAACACGCAGAAGAAUUAUUCAUGCUGGCGGCAAAGCCUGAGCUUGCCCUUUCGAUGUACCGCGAUGCAGGUAUGUGGACGGAGGCCCUGGCUCUUGCGCAGCGCCACUUACCCCAUCAGCUUGCCGAAGUUUCCCUGGCUUACUCACAAGCUGAAGCGCAGCGUGGCACUGGAGGUACUAAGGUAGACUUUUUGAGUGCCGGGCAACAAUGGGAACAGCAGAAACAGUGGGACCGUGCGGUUGAGGCCUACUUGAAUGCCCGCCCGGGACUCCUUGAAGAUCCGAAGGAGCUUGAGGAGAUAUGGGAGUGCGCCAUCGAUGUAGCCCGCCGGCACAUGCCACCGGAGAAAUUUCGUGAUAUUGCGAUUAAGGUGACGCACAAACUCAAAGCUAUCGGCCGUCACGGAGCAGCAGCAGAGUUUCUUCGUGAGUUGAAUGACAUAGAUGGGGCCGUAAGGUGUGCAAUGGAUGGCCGGUGCUGGGCAAAGGCGCGUGAACUGGCGAUAGGUUCUAGCACGCUGGAGGCGGAAGUCGAUGCUGCUUACCAAUCUGCAUUGCGAUCGGCCGAAGACACCGAUGGACUACUCGAGCUUGGGCACAGAACGGCAGCUCUGGAUGUACUUGUGGAGCGCAAAGAAUGGGAUCGACUAUGGCAGAUGGCCGACCGAGAACAAAUCCAUCUAUCUGUUCGUGCAAGGUAUGCUGGAUUGCAAGCUGCGCAAAUCCUCGCUGCCAAGGGCGAUUUGACCCAGGCCGUGCGCACACUCAAGCAACACGGCGCUCCACCGCCCGGACCCAACGUGCAGAUGUAUCACGACCUAGUCUUGGCUGUGUUGGGCCAAAGCUACGCCCAAGCAAAUCUAGACCACGAGCAUUCAGUAUCUGACCUGCGGGACGUUCUUUUUCAUUUAGCUUCAUCUCAUGAUGGGGCACGAGAGGAUGCACUCGGUACGCAGGGUGCCGGUGGUUUUGAGCAGCUUUUGAUGGCUACACAUUAUUAUAGGUUAUACUUGACCUGCGUCAGUCAGGGCCUGAAGGAUAUAGCGUUGAAAAUCGCCAUUACAUUGAUGCGGUACUCAGGGAUCAUUCCAAUCGAUAAGGCAUUUUAUCAGGCUGGGACCAUGGCGCGGGACCAAGGACAUGAUAAUUUGGCUUUCGUGCUCUUAAAUCGCUACAUAGAUCUUACUGAAGCCAUUGAAGAGGGCAAUAUUGACAGUAUAGAUAACGCUGACUUUGUAGAUGCGACCAAUGUGCCGUUCCCCUUUGACUUGCCGACACAACAAUAUCUUCCUCGUGAAGACGAUCGCGAAGAGAUAAGGGACUGGGUGUUAACCAUUUGCAUGGAUAAAUCAGUCGACCAGCAGUUACCUGCGAAGCAACAGGCCCUUGGGACCGUCUAUUCUGGGCUAUAUGCUUCAGAUUUGCCUACGUGUAUUGUUACAGGAUAUCCAGUGCAGAAAUGGGAGCUACUGAACGUCAACAAAUCUGUUGCAAAUAAGGGCGAUUGGAAUCAAUAUGUUCGGAAAGUAAAGAAGUGUCCGUGGACAAAUAAAGAGCAGGGUCCCCUAUAUUGAAGUCAGCAUUUCCAGAAGGUCUGGUCUUGGGACUUGUGUUCCCAUCACUGGCUAGCACCUUCACCUUACACUAAGUGCCACUCGCCGUGUGAUGGGGUUACGCAAGCCUGCGACGACGACGGCAAUAACGACGGAGGACUCGGAAAACGAUUUACUAAACACCAUCGACCAUCGAAAAGCUCUCCCCAAGCCUGCGGCGACUGCAAGGAAGACGACAGCGGCGGCAGCGACAAGGCGACAGCGAACGAAAUGGCGGGCGACAGCGAGACGAUGGUGAUGGAGGGUUUCCUUUUGGUGGCAGCUCAGGCGGAAUGGGUUACCCAAGGGGCACCACCCUGGCCACUGGAUGGACUGCAUGCUCCUUUGAACCUCGAACCCACCGAACCCGCGCCCCUACGUUUAGACUACCAGGCUCAGCGAGGUAGCACAGUCGCCGGACAGCGCACCUCUGGGUAGUGGUUUGACUGGCGCCAUAGUGACGUGAGGGAUCUAAGAAAUUGCAUUU